GGCUUCUCGCUUGGCCAGGUCCGACAUGCCCAGACCCGCACGCGCCUGGCUAUCCUCGCGCCGCCGGUAUGUCUAGGCACGACGCGUGGGCCAGGGUCCCGCAAUCAGUCACCGUGGCGCACACCUGCUACUGUACAUCCGGCGCGAAAUGGCGAGAUUGGCUUGCGGGCUCAGGCUCAGGCUUGGGCUGGAAGCUGCUGUGCUUCUUGCUGAGUCAACGCCUCCACUGCGCCACAGAGCACGGGAAGCCGACGCGCAUGCAGUCGGCGCGGUUGGUCGCUCCACGACACGGAGAAAGCAAGAUGGAGAAGAGAAAGUUUUGAUGCACGGUCGAGACCCGGGGCGCCAAGGACCGGAUUCCGCGCCCCACAGACCAAGGACAGAAAGAGUAGAACAACGGAGUGAUCAGGCAGAAGGAGGCCAUGGGCCGUGGGCCAGGAGGCUAGGAGACUGGGGGGCAAGGCCUGUGCCGGGGAUAGCGACCGAGUUCCUGAGGAUUCAAGGGGCUUGGCAGCUUGCAGACCUCGUCGUGGUCUUGGCAUCGUGUCGGUAUCUGAGACUGGCGGCGACGAGAGGUGCGACGCAAAGAUAUGUUUGGAAGAUAUUUGUCCGUCGGCGUCUUGAGUGCCACGUUCAGGAAGAGGCACUGGACGCGCCAAGUGUGUAGCGGAUGACCGGAUGACUGGAUGAGGAUCGGCGGAUGACGAGAGCCGCACGUGACGUGGCUGUUACGGGGGAGAAGGGCAAGGCACGGGCACGCAUGAGCCGAAGGAGGGA